AUGCUGGACCGACAGCUGGUUUGGGCACGUGACCCGGAACACGGGUUCGUGCUCGGACAAAUCAGCGAAAUUUUGGCCCAAGGGGCCGAAAUCAAACCCACAGACAGCAGACUGCAGAAACGAGUUGUGCCUUUUGAGGACACCUAUCCUGCUCAGGAUAAACAGGAGGAUGUCGAUGAUAAUUGUGAGUUGAUGUUCCUAAAUGAGGCUACACUUUUACAAAAUAUAAAACAACGAUAUGGAAAAGAUAAAAUAUACACAUACGUAGCAAAUAUAUUGAUUGCAGUCAAUCCCUAUAAAGAAAUUAAAAAUUUAUACUCCUCCGAAACUAUAAGAAGUUAUCAAGGAAAAUCUUUAGGGAAAAUGCCACCGCAUGUUUUUGCUAUCGCCGAUAAAGCAUUCCGAGACAUGCAAGUAUUGAAGCAAUCACAAUCAAUUAUUGUAUCUGGAGAAUCUGGUGCUGGCAAAACUGAGUCUACAAAAUAUCUUUUGAGAUAUUUAUGUGAUUUGUGGGCAAAAGCGGCUGGACCUAUAGAGCAAAAAAUAUUGGACGCCAACCCGAUUCUCGAAGCUUUCGGAAACGCCAAGACAACCCGCAACAAUAACAGUUCGAGAUUUGGUAAAUUUAUAGAAGUCCAUUUUGAUGCCAAAUGCCAAGUCGUAGGCGGUCACAUUUCUCAUUAUCUUCUGGAAAAAUCGAGGAUUUGUGUCCAGAGUCCGGAAGAAAGAAAUUACCAUGUAUUUUAUAUGCUUUGUGCAGGUGCUCCUAAAGAACUGAGGCAGAAACUCAAAUUGACUAAACCUGAUGAUUAUAGAUAUUUGAAAGGUGGAUGUACACAAUAUUUCACAAAUGCAACUACUGAAAAACAUUUGACACCUGAACAGAAGAGCAAGGCUAUGAUUGCUAAUGGUGGUUUACGAGAUCCUCUCUUGGAUGAUGUUAAAGAUUUUCAAUUGUUAGAUCAGGCUCUCAAGCGAAUCGGUCUAUCAGACGCCGAAUGUUUCGAAAUUUAUGCCCUGGUGGCAGCGGUUCUGCAUUUGGGCAAUGUUUGUUUUGAAGAGACUCCUGAAGACACCAGAGGCGGAUGUAGGGUUGCCACAUCUUCAGAAACAUCUUUAACCAUGGCUUCAGCACUUAUUGGAGUUGAUGCCUUUGAAAUGAGACAGGCUCUGGUGUCCAGAGUUAUGCAGAGUAGUCGAGGAGGUGUUAAGGGCACUGUUAUAAUGGUGCCUCUGAAAAUAAAUGAAGCCAGCAAUGCAAGAGAUGCCUUGGCAAAAGCUCUGUACAGCAAUUUAUUUGACCACAUAGUAAACAGAAUAAAUCAAAGUAUUCCUUUCAAAGCUUCUUGCUACUAUAUUGGUGUAUUGGAUAUUGCUGGAUUCGAGUACUUCACCGUUAACAGCUUUGAGCAGUUUUGCAUAAAUUACUGCAACGAAAAGUUGCAACAGUUCUUCAACGAUAGGAUUUUGAAAUCCGAACAAGUUUUGUACAAGAAAGAGGGUUUGAAUGUUCCGGAGAUUAAGUUUACUGAUAAUCAAGAUUGCAUUGAUCUUAUUGAGAGCAAGAAUGGCGGCUUAUUCAACCUGCUAGAUGAGGAAUCAAAAUUGCCAAAAUCAAAUUCGGCGCAUUUUACCGAAAGUAUUUUUGCACGUUGGCCGUCGCAUUUCCGACUGUGCAAACCUCGGACAUCCCGUCUUAAGGCGCACAGAGAAAUCAGGGAUGACGAGGGAUUUUUGAUCAGACAUUUUGCUGGAGCUGUAUGCUAUACUACGAAACAAUUUAUAGAAAAGAACAACGAUGCUCUCCAUGGAUCUUUAGAAGGUCUGGUACAAGAAUGCAGUAAUCCUUUGCUGAAAAGGAUAUUCCGUACAUCAAAUGCUACAACGAAAGGAAAACUUACUUUCAUCAGCGUUGGAUCCAAGUUUAAAACACAACUUAGCGAACUUAUGGAGAAACUAAAUAGUAAUGGUACAAAUUUCAUAAGAUGCAUAAAGCCGAAUAACAAAAUGAACGACCAUGAAUUUGUGGGCAGUCUGAUAUUAACCCAACUAAAAUGCUCAGGAAUGACCAGUGUCUUAGAAUUGAUGGAACACGGAUAUCCAUCGAGAUGCCAGUUUGAAGAUUUAUACAAAAUGUAUGAAAAAUAUUUGCCACCUGAAUUGAAAAAGUUGCACCCGAAAACAUUCUGCGAGGCAAUGCUGCAUAGUUUAAAUUUGUACGACAAAGACUACAAAUUCGGCAUAACACGCGUUUUCUUCCGACCUGGUAAAUUUGCUGAAUUCGAUCGUAUCAUGAAAUCUGAUUCCAGCAAUUUGCAAGAAGUCAUCAAGAAGGUACAAAAGUGGUUGGUACGGUCCAGAUGGUUGAAGGCUAUUUUCUGCGCUUAUGCUGUCAUUAAAAUGAAAAACCGAAUGAAUUAUCGAAGCAAGUGUCUUGUAAAGGUGCAGAAGACAGUACGUGGUCACCUGGUUAGAAAACAGCACCAGCCUCGAAUACAAGGUAUCAAGAGAAUUAAAGCACUACAUUCGCGUUUGUUUGAAAUGAAGAAAGUCAUCAGCCAACUUAAGAAAGACAAGCCAUCCAGAGAAGAUGAUGUUCAAAAAUUACAAACCAGUAUUGAUACAGCUAUAAGAACUAUUAAGGGUGAUUCCAGUAUAAAACCAUCCACAGUAGAUGACAUGUAUAAUAAGUUAAAAACAACAGUGGAUCAAGUAAUGGGUCUGCUCCAAAAGCAAAUGGUGGAGCAACGUAAUGCUGAGGAGCAGGAACGUUUACGCAAGAUACAAAUGGAAAUUGAAGCAGAAAAUAGACGUAAGGAGGAAGAGCUCAAAAAGCAGAAGCAGGAAGAAGAAAAUAGGAAAAAAAAAGCAGAAAUCGAAGCUAGACGAAAACAGGAGGAAAUCGAGCGCAAGAAACAAGAAGCUGCUGAUAGAAAGGCUGCCGAGGCUUUACAGGCUAUGUUAGAGAAAGAAGCCGUAGAAGACAGACAAUACAAUGAGCAAUUAGAACAAGAACGCCGAGACCACGAAUUAGCAGUCCGACUCGCCCAAGAAUCCAAUGGCCAAGUUGAUGACUCGCCACCAUUAGCCAGAAGAUCGGAGCAAGUUCGUGCCCAACAAGCACUGCAGGCCAAACAGAAGUACGAUUUGUCUAAAUGGAAAUACUCUGAAUUGCGGGAUACUAUCAAUACCUCAUGUGAUAUUGAGUUGUUAGAAGCUUGUAAGCACGAGUUCCACCGUCGCCUAAAAGUCUACCACGCCUGGAAGGCAAAAAAUCGCAAACGCAGCACCAUGGACGAAAACGAGAGGGCUCCUCGUUCGAUAAUGGACGCUGCCAAAACUCCACCGAGGGUUGUCAACAGACCACAAGAAAAUGGUGUCGCCAACGGUGUGACUACUCAUAGGUACUUUAGAAUUCCCUUCAUGAGACCAGGACAGGCCAAGAAUGGACAAAAUGACGGGAAACGCGGUUGGUGGUACGCCCAUUUCGAUGGGCAGUAUGUGGCCAGGCAGAUGGAGAUACAUCCUGAGAAGACUCCUAUACUUUUAUCGGCAGGGACGGAUGAUAUGCAAAUGUGUGAAUUAAGUUUAGAAGAAACAGGAUUAACAAGAAAACGAGGUGCAGAAAUUUUGGAACACGAAUUCAAUCGUGAAUGGGAACGCAACGGCGGUAAACCGUAUCAGUGUGCAAGCAGCCGACUAAAAAGAUGA